AAUGUAUGAAAAUGAACGUUUAUCUAUUCUCGCUUGUUAUUUGGAAAAGAAAAGAACUUCUGAAUGCACGGAGGUCUCUAUUAGCCCAAAAUCUAAUUCAGUCACACAUGAAGUUCGAUAUACAGAUAAUACGAUUAGUUUAAGAGUAAAGGCGGAAAAUGACGAUGUUUUCUCUGGAGAUCAUGAAUACAAGAUGAAAUUGGUAUGCCCAGUAAUUGGAACAGUUGAACAGAAUUUUAAAGUUAUUGAUGAUGAUAAUAAUGUAACAAAAUCUGAAGCACUAGUAUCAACCUUUACAUUUCCUGGUUUUGUAUAUCCCGAUAUGUCAGCUAAUCAUAGACCUUUGAAAGUAUCUGUUGACGCAUUCAGAGGUUCUGCUUUGUGCAGCGUUCACAUGGAAGAUAAAUCCCUUAUUUCAACAAUGAAAAGGAAUCAUACAGUUCUGAAUCGAGAAAGUUUAACUCUAUCAUUUAAUGCUGCAAAUGUUGAAGGAACUUUGACAACAGAUAUUACGGUUAAAUGUAUUGACCAAUUGGACAAACAUGAAGAAAAGAUGAAAUUUCCAGUUGUAAUUGUCGAUAAAAAUUCAAAAAAAGCGAUUGUCACAAUAUCAGGAAUUUCUGUUAAACCCGACUCUUUCAUUUUUCAUAUAAACUCUGAAGAUGGUGGAGAUUGUCAAGUUAGCGAAGAGAGAGAUAUAUUUAAAACUAGGCAUAAAGUCAAAAGACUAUUUUCACCGGAAGUAGAAAUGGUUUAUCAUUUAGAAAGAAACAAAGACAACAACCUAAAUGCAUGUGCACUUAGAUAUAAUGAUAUAGAAGUCUUCUGUGAAAACACACCUAAGUCUGACAAUGACUCUGUUAUUCUCGUAAAUUCUUCUGAAGAAGAAACUGAAAUUAUAUCUGAAGAUUUGGCUAUGGAAAUGGAAGUGAAACCACAAUAUAUAGAAUUAGAAGAUGGAAUAACUAUCAAAGUGGAAAAAGAACAAAAGAAAAAUUCAGUAACUCCUGAAAUAGAAGAAUUACAGUUGGAAAGUAUUGAAUUUAAACAUUUGUCUAAUCUAAAUGUACACAAUAUUAAUUCAAAUACAUUAGAAACUGACAAUUAUUUACAUGAGUCCAAAAAUAAUCUUGACAAGAACAGAGAAGAAUUAAAAGAAAUGAUAAAGAAUUAUGAAGACAUUAUUGCUACAAAUCAGAAUGACAUUGGUUCACCAGAUGUUCCACCAAUGGCAAUUGAAUUAUUGGAAGAUGUAAAACCUUUUAAACAAAGGCCUUAUAGAUUACCACCCAAUAAACAACAGGAAUGUAGGGAUCAACUCAAUGGUUUAUUGGAAAAUGGACUAAUUAGAUCAAAAAACUUAACAAGCAAUCAAAAAAGAAUUGCUAUCCAAUCCCAACACCGCGAAGAUUUAUUUGAUAAGCUUGGAGGAGGCCACAAAUACUUUUCCAUAUUAGAUUUGACAAGUGCAUUUCACCACAUCCCCAUCAAGGAAGAGGACAAAGAAAAAACUGCUUUUAUUACACCAUUUGGACUGUUUGAAUUCAAUCAAAUGCCUUUUGGUUUGGCAAAUGCACCUUUACACUUUAGUUAUAUUAUGACAAAUUUUGUAAUUAAUGGAUUAGAAAAUUUUUGCAUUAAUUAUAUGGAUGACAUUAUUGUGUUUACUAAAACAUUAGAAGAACACUACAUAGCUUUACAAAAACUAAUAGAAAGAAUUAAAGAAAAAGAUUUCAGAAUCAAACCAAGCAAGUGUGCUUUCUUACAGGAAUCAGUACAAUUUCUUGGUCAUAAGAUUACACAAAAUGGUAUUGAAACUGAUCCAGAAAAGAUUCAGAAGAUAAAAGAUGCAGAUAUGUUUGCAGACUGGGUAUCAAGAAUUGGAGAAACUGAUGAAGUAAUUGAUUUUCUCAACUUACUAAAAGACAGACUGAAUCAAGAAAAACAGAAUGGCAAUACAGUUCCUCAGCUAGCAGAAAGAAAAGACAUGCUUAAAUGCUUUUAUAUUGAUACAGAAGAUCUGGAAGAAUUAGAUGAUUGCUUAGAUGAUAAUUUAGAUGAUGAGUAUGAUGAAGAAACAAUUGAAAACCAAUUGAAAGUUAUGAAACUAAAAACUACAACUGUUAAAAUAGACUUCUAUACAGAACAACUUUUGGAUACUCCACUGAUGAAAGUUGUAGACAAAUUGGAAGGACAAAAUAUUGAUACUGGAACAUCGUAUGAAUAUAAAAACUUCAUUGAAAAUAUGUUUGUUAAAGAGGAUCUGGUAUGGUAUUUAGAUGGUUGUCAACCACUACUUGUAAUACCACUAUCAACUUUAACCAACCUACUUGGACAAAUUCAUCAACAUCAGCUAUUUCAACAUUAUAGUGUUGAUAUAACAAUUCAUACCUUAGAACAAGCCUUCUGGCAUUCAAAAUUAAAGAAGACAAUUAAAGACCACAUAAAGAAUUGCGAAUUUUGUGAGCAAUUAAGAGCACCAGGCAACAAACACUUGUUGGUUGAAACACCUCAUCCAACUCUACCAAUGCAAAGAAUUGCUAUGGACAUAAUGGGACCUUUGACUGGACAUGAUUCUUACAAAUAUAUACUUGUGAUUAUAGAUCACAUGUCAAGAUUCACCAAUCUAUUCCCUCUAAAAACUCAAACAGCUGAAGAAAUUUCCAAACAUUUAUUUUUCAACUAUUUUCCAAUAUUUGGUAUUCCAGAAGAAGUUCUUACAGAUCAAGGAAGGAAUUUCCUUGGGGAAAUUUUUACAGAAAUGGUAAAAAAAACACCACAUGAAAUAUUAUUUGGAUUAAAGAAUAGAAACAUUUUAGAUUUAUUGAUGGAAAUCCCAAGAUUAGAACCAACAACAAAAUUCCUACUUGAUAGAAAGCAUGAAAUGGAAGAAAUCAGAGCUACUGCACUCUGCAAAUCUGCUUUGAAAAAGAAGGAAUACAGAGAUAGGGUUAAUAAAACUAUCACAAGAAAACCACCAACUUAUAACAAACAUAUCAACUUUGCUAAUGAAUUAGGAAUUGACUCAAGUAUGUCAACACAUCAACAUUUAUUUUCAUCAUGGCUAAAAACUCCAACCAAAAUGCUGAUUAAUAUUGCAUUUCCAACAAUAAUUAUUAUUGGAACUUCGCAUAUAAAAAAAGAUGUAGCAAACUUACUAGGAAAAGAAUUUGGAAAUACUUAG